AGUCCCUGGUCUUGACGGUGGCAGCGCCGCUUCGGUCACGUGACCCGACACUCGUGAAGUGGCACCCGGUCUCUCCCGAGAUCCACCUCUGACACUGUGGACUGUGCGUCGGCUAUCCAGUGUCGCCCCAAAAUGUACCACCUGCUCAGCGAAAUCCGGGAUUUUUACAACAAAACCUUGGAGAGCGGAGACUCAAGGGUGCAGGAAUGGCUCUUCAUGCAGAGCCCAUGGCCGACACUGACGAUCUGCCUGUCGUACGCCUACUUUGUCAAGGUGCUGGGCCCAUCCCUGAUGAAGAACCGGGAGCCGAUGCAGUUGCGUUGGGUCAUGGUCGGGUACAACUUCUUCAUGGUUGCCAUCAGCCUCGCCAUAUUCCUUCUGUUGGGCAUUUACGGCUGGUUUGGCCACUACAACUGGAAGUGCCAGCCCGUUGACUACACCGAGAGUAGGGAAGCAAUAUUGAUGACUCAUCUUUCCUGGUGGUACUACAUUUCAAAAUUUGUCGAGUUCGUUGACACAAUAUUCUUUGUGCUACGAAAGAAGUUCACCCACAUCUCAACACUGCACGUCAUCCACCAUGGAAUGAUGCCCAUGAGCGUGUGGUGGGGUGUCAAAUUCACACCAGGUGGCCACAGCACUUUCUUUGCCUUUGUAAACAGCUUUGUGCACAUCCUGAUGUACUUCUACUAUGGAUUGGCAGCAGUGGGUCCCCACAUGUCCAAGUACCUUUGGUGGAAGCAGCAUAUGACAACCAUUCAGAUGGUGCAGUUCAUUGCCAUCUUCGUGCACUCAUUCCAACUCCUGUUCCGGCCUGACUGCAACUACCCUCGCGGCUUCAUGUGGUGGAUUGGCUUCCACGCCAUCAUGUUCUGGUUCCUCUUCUGGGACUUCUACAAGAACACCUACUUUGCCAAGAGGCUCAAGAGCGCUGCCACCGGCAGGGGCCGCUCAAAGGCCGUUGCCAACGGUCGCACCAACGGUGCAGCACCCGUCACCGCAGACUCCAACGGCAAGGUCAAUGGAAAGCUCAACGGAGAGGCCACUGCCAAGAACGGAACCAACGGCUUCGUCAAGCACACGGCCAAUGGCCGGCAAAAGAACGGUGGCUUCCUGGACGGCUACUGCCACAUCAAUGGUCUGCACGACUGGGAGAACGAAGAGCAUGACAAGAAGCACGAGUGAUACGUGCGAAAGCCUGCCGCACACACACAGCGUUUGCCCCUUACCUUAUUACCUUUGCCCACCCCAUACUCCAUUGGCUGCAUUCCCCCACCUCUCCCAACUUCAUCCUCGCACGCACACAUCCAGCUGCUGUUGCGACUGCCACGUCGUAAAAAAUCAAAAAGCACCCAAGAAGAGAGAAGCUGGAUGAGGAGGUGAUGAGGCAGAGCGAUGGUGCGCCAUUUUUUUUUUAAAGACACUGGCCGCUUUAGAGACGUACUGUGCUACAGAAAGGCCCCCUCCCCCCCUGCAUGCAGUGAUGUUGUGUACCUCUUGUGGCAAACAAUAGGCGGCUGUCGCACGCACUCUGCUAUUAUACUUCUGUUGUUCCUUGUUUUAGCAUGUCCACACCUUUUUUUCUUUUUCCCUUGUUACAUUUCUCGUGUGAAAAUACCAGUCUCGUAUCACCCGGUAGACUGUGCACUGUAGUAUUUUUUGUUCUCUCGUCGUACCAGAAAGCUACCCUUAAUGAGCUCACAACUUCGGCAGUGCUCGUCCCCCGUCCCCCCCAGCAACAAAAUUCAGAGCCAUUCCAACGUGUGUGACGCACCUUUUCAUCAACACCCUAGGCUUUUCCUGUGAAAAAAAGAAACCUAGGUUUCUUUUUUCCCCCUGCAUUUGACAGGAAUUCUAGCAAGCCAGAACACAAGUGAAUAAAAAAGCAGGUGAUCCGCGCAUCAACUGCAGGACCACGCCAGUCGUGCAAAUAAGCUCUUGUAGCUGUUGUUCUGCGUCGUCCUUAAAGGUAGCUUGUAGCUUGCUCGCCUUCAGGUUAACUCUGGCAGGGCAUUCAGCACCUGUCGUUAGCGUAGUUUUCUUGUCCUACCCAUGUGACAGUUGAAAAGCUUCCCCUAGGCUAGUUUGUAGAACUGUGGCAGUCACCGGCACUCAGGAAGCAAAAAAAAGCGAAGCCAACCUCCCAUCCCCUUUCCGUCCCUAUGCCCGUCGAGACACACCUUCGCAGGAGCGAGAGAGCCACAUGUUCUGGCUCUGCACAUGCAACUGAAAAAAAAUGUAACAAGGCCUUUGAGAACAAGAUCAUCGUGUCAUCUCUGCAACGAGACCCUACCCGCUCCCCUCCACAAGGUCUCCGUCUUGUCGUCCGCGCCUUCGUUGUGUUUUCUUAAGUGGGUGAUGCGGUGUGCAUGAUGUGAAAUACAUUUUUUUUUUUUUUCAUUUGUCUGGUUAUGUACAACUCCCCGUCAGUGCACUUGCUUGCAUGGCGGCCGAGGAGCAAGUGUCCUUCCUGUUACUUUCUCGCUCUCUUCAACGUCGUCUCUGUGCGUGCGAAUGGCAGGAAAACGAUUUGUGCAGUGCAGACUUCUCUCCCGCUCGCGCUCUUCCACAGGAAGAGGGACUUGCUGC